ACAUUUGAAUUGUCAUGAAGUCAACAAUUGAAUCAGUCAUCAAUGAAAACACAAUACCAUCGUUCAAAUGUUUUGAAAUAGAAUUAAGAAGAAACAAGAAUUCAACAAGAUGUCUGAGGAAACGUGUCGGUUGUGUAUGUCCACAACCAGCGAUAAUCACCUGAACAUCUUCAGUGAUAUUGGAAUGGAGAUGAAAUUGGGCGAAAUCAUUGGUGAACAUUUCCAGUGUGAGGUCAGUGAGCUCGAUACAUUGCCGAAUUCAGUGUGUCAAUUGUGUUGGCAAACUACUGAAGCCUUCCAUGAGUUAUACGAACGAUCAAAAAUGGUACAGAAAAAAUUCAUUUGCUCAACUAUAAAAGUUGAAGCUGAUGCGAAUGAGCUGUGGCAAACCCACACGGAAACUCAUUUCAUUGAGGAAUCACAUGUAGAGCUUUGCGCAAUCAAAAUUGAACCGAAACAAGAUGAAGAGUCAGACACAAAUGACAAUCGUCAAAUGGAAUAUGAUGGAAAUUCGAGCAAUUCAGAUGGAAACAGCGAAGAAAAAAAUGCAAAUGAGGUGACUAAAGACGAUCCAAAAUAUGGAUCAAAUGAAGAAUCAUCGAUUUCUAGGAGAAAACGUCGUCGAACUACACCAAAGAGAAUUUCAAUGCAAUUUGAUAAGUUAUUCCUUGAAUACAAGCAUCUAUUUGACUUGACUUGUGAUUCAUGCCCGACGACAUUCGAAACGUUGGACGAAGCCCGAAAACAUUAUCGCGCUGAGCAUAACAUUCCAAAAGGAUAUAUCAAAUGCUGUUCAAAUAAGUUAAAAUAUCCAAGUAAGGUCUUAGAACAUCUACAGAGACAUAUAUAUCCCGAUAAAUUCAAGUGCACGGAGUGUUCUAAGGUGUAUUUUUCCAAACGUGAACUCGAAAAACACAUGAAAAAACACACUGAAGUGCCGACGUCACCGAAAAAAACGGCGCAGUGUAACAUUUGUAAGAAAAUGUUCAGCACGAAAACGGUAAUGGAACGGCAUAAACUGAAACGGCACAGCGUUCAGGAUGACUCGGAACAUGAACAGUAUACGAAAUUCAUUGCGGAAAAUUUUGAUAUGAAAUGUGACCGUUGCGAUACGAUAUUCGGUGCAUUUUAUGAUGCCCGUCAACACUACAAAGAUGCCCAUAAUGAGGAUAAUGGCUAUAUCAAAUGUUGCUCAAUGAAAUUAAACAAAAUGCCAUUGGUCAAAGAUCAUAUCAAAAGUCAUUUGGAUCCAGAAAGUUUGAAAUGUGAUUUAUGUAAUAAAAUUCUCCGAUCUCGAAUUGCACUCACACAACAUAAACGUCAGCAUAAGCAAACCGAGGAAAAGCCGUUCACAUGUGAUUAUUGUGCGAAGCCAUUUAGCACCAAAACGUUAAUCUUACGUCAUAUACUAUCGAAUCAUUCAACCAUAGAACCGAAGUUUGAGUGUGAAAUAUGUUCUAAAAAAUUCCAAUUGGCGCCAUUGCUGCGUCAACACAUAUAUAUAGUGCAUCGAGAGAAAAAGCCGGUGGUUACGUGUGAGAUAUGCGGCAAGACAUUUUAUACGAAAUUCCAUUUGGACAAACAUAAACUGCAGCACAUGGAUAAAUCGGUGAGGCUGGCGCAAAGGCAACAGUGUGAACAUUGCAAUGAAUGGCUCAUGAGCAAAAGUGGCAUCUACUAUCAUGAACAAAUCCAUAAAAAUGAACCACAAAAAUGCCCACACUGCCAAUUAGACCAUCCGAAUAAAAUGUCUCUACAAGCACACAUUCGACAAUAUCACAGAGAACUGAAGUAUAAAUGUAGCUAUUGUGAUAAAGCAUUCCCAAUCGCAUCAAAUUUGAAGAAACAUGAAGAAUCGCACACUAGACCAAAUAAAUAUCCAUGCCAAUUCUGUACCAAGGUGUUUACAUUACACAUGUCUCGGCGAACGCAUCAAUCACGCGAUCAUCCACAAGAGCUCAAACAAGACAGAGAAAUGAAAAAACUCAUGCGAAAUGCAGACAAAUAAAACUUAACCAAAAACAAAACAAAAA